AUGGUGAAACGCUUUUGCUUGCAUUCUCGGAAAGCUCAUUCAGCUUCAAUUGCUUCUGGCACAACUUCCGCACAUCAGCUUGCCAUGUCCAGAUCUCCAAAGCGUCAACUGCUUCGUCGCACCUCCAUAGCCCUGCUCUUGCUCCUCAGUGCCUUGCAGCGGCGCCACGGUGGCCCUUGGCCCUCCUCCCUGGCAGCACCGGUGACCGAUGCAGAGCUGCUCAGCACGGCGGAGCAGCGGCACGUGCAGAGGGUGGUGUGGCGGAAGUCGAUGGCCGCUAUCGCGGAGGGGAAGAUGCGGCCGGGGAAGGAGUUGGAGCUGAUCUCAGCCUUGGACCUGGGGACGAUCCCGUGGAGCCACGUGCCACGACGUUUGAAGGAUCGUUUGGCCUUGCCCUUGGGCGACCGCGGCAUCGACUCCUUGGCCUUGAACCUCACGGUGGCGGUGCAAGCCAAGGACUACACCAAUGGCCUGGUGCCUUUGAAUCGGCUGGCGACUUUCUUCUUCCUCUCCAAAGCCUCGCCGUUGAAACGCUUCGUCCAGCAGUUGGUGGUCGCCACCACUGCGGGCACACGACUGCCGGAGGACUGGCUGCGCUGGAGUGGCGCGCAGCACAGGAAGUAUCGGGCGGAGGAGUUGGAGAAGUGGAGGCGCAAAGCGCUGAAGCAGAAACCUCCCGAGGAGCCGUCGAGAUCAUUGAAGAUCAAAUGUGAGCGUUGGCCACAUCAGAUUGCCACAAGAAUGCUUAAAGCGCUGCAGAGCUUUUCUGGAUGA